CGAUACCUGCGAUGUUCGAUUAUUUUGGACUGCAGACAAGAUGGCCGCGGACUGUCAGGCGAAAUAAUUCUCCCACUCUUUUAAUUUUGUGUUAAUACUGGCUAAUAUUUGACAGUUUCCGGCAGACAUGGGUUUAUCACAGAGUGCAGAAGUAUCCGAGGGAGGGACGUAUGGAUACCACGUGCACGGCGUGCAGCCGAGUUCUCCUGCAGAGAAGGCCGGACUGCAGCCUUUCUUUGACUUCAUCCUGUCUCUGGACAGCAGAAGACUGAAUGAGGAGAACGAGCAGCUGAAGGAGAUCCUGAAAGCCAAUGUGGAGAAGGCAGUGAAGAUGGAGGUUUACAGCACCAAAACACUGAGAGUCCGUGAGCUGGAGGUGAUGCCCAGUAACAUGUGGGGGGGGCAGGGCCUACUGGGGGCCAGUGUUCGCUUCUGCAGCUACCAAGGAGCCAACGAGAACGUCUGGCACGUUCUGGACGUUGAAGCCAGCUCUCCUGCUGCUCUGGCCGGGCUUCAGCCACACACUGACUACAUUGUCGGAGCUGAUCAAGUGAUGCAAGAUUCAGAAGACUUCUUCUCGCUGAUCGAGGCUCACGAAGGGAAGCCUCUAAAGCUGCUGGUGUACAACACACAGACGGACGCCUGUAGGGAGGUGGUGGUCACACCGAAUGGAGCAUGGGGUGGAGAGGGCAGUUUGGGUUGUGGCAUUGGUUAUGGUUACCUGCACCGGAUACCUGCACUCCCUGAAGCUUCCACAGAAACUCCCUCUCUCCCUGUCCCUGAGGAACUCUCUGCAAAGCUGCCUGCUCAUGGAUACACAGAGGCACCUUUGUUGGCACCUUCAUACCAAAGUGAUGAUGCUGAUGAUAUGUUGGACCCGGAGCAGGUCACCCUCCAGGAAGCUCCUCUCCCUCCACCUGUGCAGAGAGUCAUGGACCCCGGUUUCUCAGACUCUGAGGGGGCAGUGAUGAACCCUGACCCCUCAGACCUGAUGGACAGACUGGAUCUGUCCAUGUCCUCCAUCGACAUGACCAACACUGCACUGGCUAUGCAUGAGGAGAAGGAGGGAGAGAUCUCUGGUAUUGAGGAACUGGAGGACAGCGUGCUGAUUUCAUCACCAGCAGCAGCAGAAGAGGAUGAUCAGGCACUGGAGCUGAGCUCUGAAGCCGCCAUGGACCUCUCCUCUGCUCUUGCUUCUAAUGACACUUUGUCAGAUUCAGGCAUCCCCCCGGCUGAAACUUCUCACCUCAUCCCAGAGUUCACAGACCCACCGGUCUCCUUGAGUGAGAGCAGCAUUAGCCCACCUAUGAGUGCAUCAUCUCCCCCCACUGAGUCCCCUGAGCCCCCUGCAGAGCCCCAUGCAGAGACCCCCGCAGAGCCCUCUGUUCCAACUGAAGACCCUCCCUGCCCGUCCCCCCUUGACCUCCUCCCACCUUCUGCUGUGACUGAGCCGAUGGCAGAGGACUCUCUCGCUCAGGCCAUCGAGGAAGCAACUGGGCCUGCUGACGAGUCUGCAGAUCCUCUAGAGUCAGAUUGUGCUCACCACUGCAGCCACGAGUGCAGUGAGGAGGAAGCAGAAGAGCAGCAUGUUGAGUAAGCUUGUAUCAGGCCAGAAGCACAGUGCAGAGAGAAGCUGACAAUCACUGGGGCUUUUUUUUUUUUUUUUUAAAGAAACACUAAAGAGAAAGAGCAGGAAAGAGUAAGGGAAGAACUGAUAGUCUUACAGACACAGGCCUGUUUGCUCCUGGUAUUAACACGUGUCCUGAGUGAUCUGAUCUGAAGUGGACAGCUUUGCACCCAAGACAUACUGAGGGUUGAAGUUGUCUUGGCCCCAUUUUUUAAUCAAUUUGUACAGUAAUGAGUGCCACACUGAAGGGCAACCUAAUCUCUUUUUAUAAUUAUUUCUAACAAGUCUUCACUGUCUGGUGAAACUCUUUAUUUGUCACAUUCCAGUAGCUUAAUAAUUUAGCCAAACAUAGAUUGUUUACAUUUUUAAUGUUUGUAUUGACAUUAUGCUUUCCUUGUCUGAGAGUGAGACAGCGCCUGGGAUUUUACCCAUGAGUGCUUCAUCUUUAUGAGUAAUUUUAUUUUAUUUUUAAAUAAAACAUUAAAAAGUGUGUCAGUAAUCACCUGCACACUGUCAUUAGUUUUAUGAUUUUGUAUUUUAUAAAGCUUUGGGUUUAUUUGCAUCAUGAGUGGUGAUGUAAGAUCUCAUUCUGAUGCCAGAUUCAAACAGCUGCACUCUGAGGCAGUUUUUGAAACCACCUACUAUAUUAGCAGUGCGUACUGAUUUGGCCAAAAUUCUGUUUGUAGUAUGUAAGAGCAAAAUCUGCAGUAUGCCAAAAUUUUCCCGGAUGUCUACUGAUUCAGGAAAAUUUCACAGUAUGCAUCGGACCAGUCUGCCUCGCGUACUGUUUCCCACAAUGCACAGCGCUCGUUCUGCUUUUUAUUUUUUCUUCUUUUUUGAUGGGGGAACUCAGUUUUUAGGUACUGUAAGAAUUAUUAAAUUACAUAAAAACACUUCCUAACUUUUUAAAUCAUAAGUAGAUGCUAAAGAAGCAGUUUUGCUAUCAGCUUGGCCACUGUUUCUGCUUCCUGAAACUGAAAAUUCUGUGACGUCUGACCCAGCAUACUGCAACACCGAUUGAACAGAACAGUCAUACUUCCUACUAAAUUCAAAAGCAGUAUGUAGUGGGUAGUACCCACUGCCUGCUACAUUAGUUGGUAGGAUGUAGCAGGCUGUUUCGAAAACAGCCAGUGACUUUGCUCUAAAUAACGGGCCCUGUAAACACGCUCCUCCAUGGGCUCCUACCUGCUUUAAAGGCAAAGUACCCUUAGUCCUUUAGUCCCCCCCCGGUCCAAUGUCCCUGCCUUCAUAGCUGUCCACUUGUGACUGGACCACUCAGGACACACAUUAGUACCAGGUGUUCACACUGAUCAGUGAGAGGUUCCUAAGUCAGAACAGUUUCACAGAAACCAGCAUUAACAUUCAAGUAGAAAAACACAAUUAGUUCUAUGUGUGAGAAUUUUAAGUUACUGCCUAUAAGGUCAAAAAGUGAGCUAUGUUUCCUGGUGCAAAUUUAGAAUUUAUACGGGUGACAAAAUUUGCCUCUGGUACAGUAAUGUGGUGCAUACUUAAACACUUCCAAAGAGAAACACUAACAUUUAUUGAGGCAAAGCACGACUGCACCUUCACGUCCAGAACACUAUCAAGUUAUAAAGCUAACAGGCUGUUGGCAGCUCAGACGAGCUGUUGUAGUCUGGUGCUGCGGUGAUGCGUCUGCUGCCAAUGUGUUUGAGAAGCUGAUCAUGAAUCCAACAUUAAAGUUUUUAUAUCAACAGCUGAAUGAGAGGGAACUUUUCUAGUAGUUUGAAAACACGAGGUUAAGUGUUUUUUUUUCUGUCAUGAGGGAAGUUAGUAAAAGUUUGAACCCCAGACUGAACGAGGUCAGUGUCUUUAAACAGUCUUUAGAUUCAUGAAGCCAUGCAUCCUGUGAUCUGUGUGAAAAGAUCUGUACUGCUUCUAUCGCUGGAAUUAUGUCCCCUUCAUCUCAUUCAUAACUAUUCUUACUGUGUAAUUAUGCUGAUCUAUGCAACAGUAGACGAGUGCUGCCUCUGAUUGACAGGUAAUGCUAUGACUCCGUAGGUAAUAAACCUUUCAUACACACUGAACACUAAGUCUGGAAACAGUGAUGCUGCCGUCGAGUCACGUCUCUUUAGAGGGCUUCUACAUGUUCUUCACAAAGUAGGUGCUAGUGUGUGAAAUAAUGAAAAGUAUUUUUUCAGAUAUUUUAUCAAGUAAUCGUAUGUUUUAUUAGGAAUGAGUGCAGAGUCUUCUGAUGAAUGUGAAAUGGGUGAAUCUGAUGGUCAAACAAUCAUAUCACUGAAUUAAAAAAAAGAAAUAGUC